AUUGUAUCGACAUGGUUCAUGUAAAUGGAAAGCAUCUAUUGCGAAUAAUUCAGCACAGAGGGCUCUCCCUCCGCUGCAGCUUGGAAGAGUGAGUUGGUGUUUGUGUGUGAUAGCCCUUUAAAUUCUUUUCUAUUUUGUACAGCACGUAUCUUUUAAUUUGCACUCAUUACCAGCCAUGAAUAGCUCGACUGAUCCGCGGCGGCCCGACAAAGAAGUCCGCUACAAGCCGCCAGGCUCGAAUAAUCAGGCUCAGAUGCAGGACGACCUGACUCCGGACUACAUGAAUGUCAUAGGGAUGAUCUUCAGCAUGUGCGGCUUGAUGAUGAGGCUAAAGUGGUGCGCCUGGGUGGCGCUCUACUGCUCCUGCAUCAGCUUCGCCAAUUCGCGGGUCAGCGAGGACACCAAGCAAAUUCUCAGCUGCUUCAUGCUGUCAAUAUCAGCAGUGGUGAUGUCUUACUUGCAAAAUCCUCAUCCUAUGACGCCACCAUGGGCAAGUGCCAUGCAAUGAACGAGUGUGACUCGUGGAUGACUCACUUUGUUAAUGUUUCUCCGUGUGUGUGAAUGCAAGAAAACUUUGAACAUUUGCGAUACAGAGUGUACAAUAUAUAUAUUUGGUUAAAAGAUUAUUAUUAUUAUUUAUCUUGUACAGAAAGAUGUCUGAUAAUGAGUGAGGAGUCACUAUUUCAUUGCAGCAAUACACCAUCAUUUGUUAAGAAUGUUAA